UCAGGUCAUGUAUUAUGGUCUGUUUUUGUGCCAAACCCAAAGCGGCGUGUGUGUGUGGCAUUAAAAGGAAAUGUUAACGUGUGUCUUCGUUUGUGAUCCUCUCCACUUCCUGUCUGCUUUGAGUAAUUGGCCAACAGAUCCCAGCGGUUAGGAAACUACCAGGUAAAGAAAGGUAAAACACUGCAUUCCUCUGGUCACCGACGGGUUCCACCUCCACUCCCUGUCUGCUUUCAACCAUCUGACCGGAGGGCGACUCGCACCCGCCGAGCAGCUCGAGGCACCGAGUCCAGCCUGCGCAGAUCCCCAACGCGAUAGUUCCCAAGUGAUUCAACCAUCCAUUCCAGUUUGACUCAUUUGCCCUCACCUCUCUCGCCCCCGUCCCUCCCUCCCACCAGAUGGGAAAACUGGACAACCGCAGCCUGACCCUGAAGUACCCGGUGUGGCCGCGCUUCAACUCCGACGGCGACGCCGAGAUGGACGACAACCACCUGUCCAUCGUCACGCUGGAGGAGAAGCCCUUUGUCAUCGUGGAGGACGUGGAGAGGCUCACGGGCACCUGCAUGAGGAACUCGGUGCCCUGCAGGAAGCACAUCAAAGACAACACGACUGAGGCUGGUGGGACGUACAUCAAGAAGUGCUGCAAAGGCUUCUGCAUCGACAUUCUGAAGAAGAUUGCCAAGUAUGUAAAGUUCACCUAUGACCUGUACCUGGUAACCAAUGGCAAGCAUGGCAAGAAGAUCAACAAUGUCUGGAAUGGGAUGGUGGGAGAGGUGGUCUAUAAGAAAGCCGUCAUGGCCGUCGGAUCUCUGACGAUCAAUGAGGAGCGUUCUGAGGUCAUCGAUUUCUCCGUCCCGUUCGUGGAAACCGGGAUCAGCGUCAUGGUGUCCCGUAGCAAUGGAACGGUGUCCCCGUCAGCCUUCCUCGAGCCAUUCAGUGCGUCAGUAUGGGUGAUGAUGUUUGUGAUGCUCCUACUGGUCACUGCAAUGGCUGUCUUCAUGUUUGAGUACAUCAGUCCUCUUGGCUUCAACAGAAACCUGGCACAAGGACGAGACCCCCAUGGCCCGUCCUUCACCAUGGGCAAGGCCGUCUGGCUGCUGUGGGGUCUGGUCUUCAACAACUCUGUGCCAGUGCAGAACCCCAAAGGGACCACCAGCAAGUUCAUCGUGUCCGUGUGGGCCUUCUUCGCCGUCAUCUUCCUGGCCUCCUACACCGCCAACCUGGCCGCCUUCAUGAUCCAGGAGGAGUUUGUCGACCAGGUCACCGGGCUCUCCGACAACAAGUUUCAGAACCCGUACGCAUACUCGCCCCCGUUCCGCUUCGGGACGGUUCCAAACGGGUCCACGGAGAGGAACAUCAGGAAGAACUACCCCGCUAUGCACCAGUACAUGGUAAAAUAUCACCAAACCGGAGUCACCGACGCGCUUGUCAGCCUCAAAACGGGGAAGCUGGACGCCUUCAUCUACGACGCCGCGGUGUUGAAUUACGCCGCCGGCAGGGACGAGGGAUGUAAGCUGGUGACCAUUGGCAGCGGGUACAUCUUCGCCACCACCGGGUACGGCAUCGCUCUGCAGAAGGGCUCGUACUGGAAGCGACAGGUGGACCUGGCCAUCCUGGCCAUCAUCGGGGACGGCGAAAUGGAGGAACUCGAAGCCCAGUGGCUGACGGGAAUCUGCCACAACGAGAAGAACGAGGUGAUGUCCAGUCAGCUGGAUGUGGACAACAUGGCCGGUGUCUUCUACAUGCUGGCCACGGCCAUGGGGCUGUCCCUCAUCACCUUUGUCUCCGAGCACCUCUUCUACUGGAGGCUCAGAUACUGCUUCACUGGGGUCUGCACCGGCACGCCGGGCCUCCUGUUCUCCAUUAGUCGGGGUAUCUGGAGUUGCAUCCACGGAGUCCACAUUGACAUGAAGAAGAAGUCAGAUUUGGACUUUAGCCCGCAGGACAAAAUGCUGAAGCUCAUUAAAUCAGCCAAACAGAUGACAAACAUGUCAACCCUGGGUGGCUCCCACAUGAAUUCACCCAAACGUGAAUUCAUGCACUCGGCUGGUCCCAUGAUUAUGGACAUGAUGGCAGAGAAGGGAAACUUCAUCUAUGCUGACAACCGAAGCUACGCUCCCAAAGACAUGAUCUAUGGGGACACUGGCGACCUGCAGUCUUAUCUGGCCAACCGCCACAAAGACCACCUGAACAACUACAUCUUCCAAGGAGGCCAGCAUCCCCUGACCCUAAAUGACGCCAAUCCCAACACAGUCGAGGUGGCAGUAAGCGCAGAGGCGGUCCAAACCAACGCCAAGCCGCCCCGGACCCUGUGGAAGAAGUCGGUGGACACGCUUCGUUCGGCGCCUCCCGGGCCCCCUCCGAUGCCCGACAUGCUGAUGCCGGACCCCAGGAUGUCGAUGAAGACGCAGCGCUACCUCCCCGAGGACGCGGCCCACUCCGACAUCUCCGACUGUUCCAGCAGGGCGGCCUCCUACAAGGACCCUGAAAAUAACAAGCACCUGAAACCCAAGGACAACUUAAAAAAAAGAUCCGUUCCGACAAAAUACCCAAGGGACUGCAGUGAUGUAGAGCUGUCCUACUUAAAGACUAAGCAGGUCAUCGGCGGAACCAACCAGAGCGGGAGAGGAGGAGGAGGAGAGAAGAUAUUCACCAUCGACUCUGACCGGGAGCUGAGCCUGCACUCAGACCCCGCCCACUACCGCGAGAGCCGCGGCCUGGCCGCAGACGAUUUGGAUUAUCCCGAGAUCUACUCCGACCACAGUGACAACUACCGGAAGUGCGAGCAGCCCAUCAUUCACCUGAACUCCUCGCCUCUGCACCACCCCGACUCCGACCUCCUGCCGGACCCGACUUACUCCAAACACUACAGCCUGAAAGAGAAAAACAUUGCCAUGUCCCCGCACGAAUCCAUGGAGCGCUACAAACAGACACACUGCCGCUCUUGCUUGUCCAAAGUGUCCGCCAGCUACCCGCCGGGGGGGGCGUACACGCCCGCCGUACCCGCCGCAGCGUCUGCCACGCGCUCACCCUACAACCGGUGCGAAGCGUGCCUCCACACGGCAAACCUGUAUGACAUUAGUGAGGACCAGCUGCUCGCAGACACCUUGGUCAGCCCCACCAUGCACCACCAACAGCACCAACAGCAGCACCAACCGGACGAGAUGUUUGGCCUGUAUUGGCCACAGACGGACGGGCCGCACGUGCAGAAAAGAAACCGCCUGAGGCUGAGCCGUCAGCACUCCUUCGACAACAUCAUGGUAGAGAAGCCCAAGGAAAUGGACCUGGGGCGACCGGCGCGCAGCGUCAGCCUCAAGGAGAAGGAUCGCUUCUUGGACUCCGCAUCCGACUCGCACUACGCAAACCUCUUCGGCAUGCGCCCCUACUCCGGCAGACUGUUUGGCACCGGGUCCAAAUCGAUGCUGUUCAACCACAACCUGGAGGAGAGCAAGAGGAGCAAGUCCCUGUACCCGACCCAUGGCUCGGAUAACCCUUUCCUCGGCCACUCGCUGAGGGACGACACCAGCAGCAGACUGGUCCACGGGCGCAGCUCCUCUGAUAUUUACAGACAGCUGGCGGUGGCCUCGCCCGCACCGGCCGUCGGAGCGCCCCCCGUCAAAACACGCAACGACGCGAACAAUCUCCGCUCCUCCGUGAAAUCCACCACGUCAUACUGCUCACGAGACGGUCGGAUAGCCAAUGACAUGUACAAUACAGAGCAUGUGAUGCCUUACUCAGCCAAUAAGACUAGUGCAUACCCGGCCCCCCGUGGCGUCCUAAACUCCGCCCAGUUCAGCAACAGACGGGUGUAUAAAAAAAUCCCCAGUCUGGAGUCAGAUGUUUAG